AUGCUCGACGAGAACCUGCCCACCUUCCACUUCCGCCCCUCCUCCGAUAACCCUCAGAACACCAUUCUCUACUUCACUCACCAAGGCUCCGACCCGGUGCCAAAUUACGUCCUCAAGCGUGCUGACCCCGCCAACCCGGUCGCCCGUAACAAGUACGCCGCUGCCCUCACGGACAUCGCUUCCCAGCAGAUCAUCUACGCCGAAGUCCUUGUCGAGCCGGAAUGGACCCAGCCGACACUCUCAGCCGCUGAGGUCCGCGUCCAAAACGGUACCCCGGCCCCGCCACAACCCAUCUUGCCCGACCAGGUCACGCUGCAGCUCUACAACCCGGACUCGCAGGUCGUCAUCAAGAUGAAAUCCGGAAGCUGGGGCAAGUCCGACAGCUGGGAGUUUGAGAUGCCCGAGCAGAGCUUCCGCGCGCCGAGUGCCAGCCUGCUCGAUCGAUCCUCUGAUGAUCCACCUAUUAGCGAUACCGUCCCCAAGGUCGUGUUCCGCUGGAAACGAGACGGCAGAUUAAGCAAGGAUAUGACGUGCUACAUGGUCGGCAAGAGCGUCGCUGGCAAGAAGAGCAAAGAGCCUGAUAUCACGGUCGCCAUGUUCAAGGACACAAAGCAUGAGAGCGCCGUAACCAUCUACGAGCCCAACCUGCAGCGUGUGGACGUGGAAGACCGCAAGGGACUGGACAUUGUCCUGCUACUCGGCGCCGAGGUUCUCCGCGACCUGUUCCUGAACCCCAGACAGAACGUCUUCAACCUGACGGCGACGCCGCCCCCCACGACCGGUCGGCGCAAGAACUCCAAGCCACCUCCGGUGUCCAUGGCGCCGGCACCGCCCGCGGCUGCCAUGUCCGGCGCCAUCGGCAACAAGCCCGCCUCGCCCCCUGCACAAUCCAUGAACAAUGGUCCUCCCAGGCCCAAUGCUCGCCAACAGUGGGAGAUUGACAACGAGACCAAGCGUCUACAGGCCAUGGUAGCACAGGAAGAGCGGCAGGCGCGCGAGCGCGAGCGACGGGACGCUGAGGAAGCGAAGCGCAUCAAGAAGAUGCUCGAUAAGGAGGAAGCCGAUCGCCGACGCAAAGAGGCCGAGAUCGAGGCCGAGACGGAGCGACUUCGCAGACUCUAUGGCGUCCCGCCUAGUCAGUCGAACCCGAAUUUACCACCGCGCCAUCAGCCGCCGCCCGGAACCACGCCGGGCUCUUGGCACGUGGCGCCGGCGCAGCCACCGCGGCCCAACAGCGCGGGACCGUAUAACGGACCCCCGGGGACCAGCGCGUAUCGUCCGCAGGUGCGAUUUGCGCAGCCGCCGCCGACGAUGAGUGGUGGUGCGUCGUCUCAGCCGCAACAGCAGCAACAGUCGCAGUCGCAGUCGCAGCAGGCCGGCCGUGGGAAGCUUCCGAACCUCAUGUCGGGACUGCUUCAGGGACCUUACGCGAACCCGGCUGCCAGCGUCAGCAACUUCUUCCAUCGGGACCGGUCUGAGGAAGAGGAGAAGAAGCGAAAGGUCGCUAAGAAGAGGAGUGUGCAUUUCUGA